AUGUGGAGGGGACAGUCCCUGGGCCCCUGGGUGCUGCUGGCCAGCCUGGCCCUGGCCAGCUGGAGUGUCCAAGGGCAGAAGGUAAUUGUGAAGGAAGUCAGUGGGAAGGUGUUUCUGCAGUGUGUGACGGGCACCCGAGCUGAAGCCACGUGGUGGAAAGAUGGGACUGAGAUAGGAAACUUCACACAGCUGGACUUGGGUUCAGCUUUUGAUGAUCCCAGAGGCAUCUACAUGUGCAAAGGGGAAAGUGAACAGAGGAGCCCUCCCCUCCAGGUGCACUAUAGAAUGUGUCAGAACUGCAUCGAAGUGGAUGCUCCCACCAUCUCUGGGAUUGUGGUUGCUGACGUUGUUGCCACCAUCUUCCUGGCAGUUGCUGUGUACUGCAUCACUGGGCACGACAAGGGGCGCACGUCGAGAGCUUCUGACAGGCAGAACCUGAUUGCUAAUGACCAGCUCUACCAGCCCCUUGGCGAGCGGGACGAGGGGCAGUACAGCCAGCUGGCCCCUGGCAGAGCCCGCAAGUGA